UCAGCGGACAGACUCAUCCUCACAUGGUUGGAGUGAGUGUGUUGUGGAGUUCUGACAGACGAGAAACACAGAGACACACAGGAUUACAGCCAGCACUUGGAGGAGACAUUACCUGUAGGAACUGAGCUAGGAGACAUCCAAAGUGCUGAUGUUAGGAUACUUUACUGAGGAAACCAUAACGGACCUAAGAUCUACCCCAUAGGGAAAACUGCUGCAGGGCUGAUCAUGACCAUGAGGUCAACAAUUAAGAACAUGGCCGUCUGGAAGUGCAUCUAAUCCACUGCUUCUGCCUCAGACGUUAAACCAUGGGAAACGUGGAGAGCCAAAAUGGAGAUCUUGCUUACUACAGUCAGGGACAUGGCCACCUCUCACGAAAGCACAUGACCCGAUCACUUCGCAUAUCUAAUAAACAGUCUCGACGAUCACGUCAUGCCUCGACCAGCAAGGUUGAACACCGCAACUCUGAAUCCAGCACAAAAUCCAGCAGCACUCCUUCCAUCCCACAAUCCCUAAGUGAAAAUGGCCUAGAACCGUUCAGUGAGACAAAUGCUUUGGAGAGCUAUGGGGGAACCAUUUGGGUGGACCGAAUGGCAAUGAACUUGCGGCCAAUGUCCUUCCAUGAUAACAUGGGCGAUCCCACCAUUACGCCAGGCUCAGAAGACGGAGUGGAGAUGGACACAGUGGUGCCAGAUGGUUGUGAUGAUGAUGGACUUUUCACAGGUGAGGAAACGUACCUGCAGAGGACCAGAGAUGGUCCUCGAGAAGGUGGCAGCUUCAAGAAGAAGCGCUCCAAAUCUGCUGACAUGUGGAGAGAUGAUUCCAUGGAGUUCUCGUUGUCAGACCUUAGCCAAGAACAUCUGACAAGCACAGAGGAAAUUAUAGGAACAAAUGAGGAUGAAGACAAAGGUUUUGCCAACUGUGGAGGACGUCGUCGUACCUCCAGCCCAAGGACACUGGAGUCUCAUUCAGGAGAGAGAGCCAACUCUUUAGAUGAACUGUGCACACAGAGGCUACCUCCUCUUCGUGGCUCGCACCAUCUUUAUAAUGGACACAAUACAGAGAGGACAGAAGGUGUAAUGAAUGGCGAGAUCUUGUCUCCUGCUGAGGAGGAAGGGAAUGGAUAUGGAGCGUACACUCUUCCCUGUCGUCGCUCUCACUGCCUGUCAGAAGGGCUGUCCAAUCACCAGACUACCAUCUGCUCACGUAUGCAGGGACGACGUGCACAAACAACACAUGAUAUUACGGCUGGUGAGGGCAGUGAAUAUGGAGACAGCGGUAUUGAUGGUGGUGCUGCUGAGGUUGAACAUUCCUCACGCCGUUGUAAGGCCAUGUCUGCAUCCUUCUCUGUCUACUCCACCGCUAGUGAAAGCAUCUUCGCGGGAAGUGACAGUGGCAGUAGCAGCGGAGGCGGAGGAGACCGUCAGCCAGGUGGAGAUCAAGGCGUCUAUGAGAACUUCCGUCAGGAGCUGGACAUGAACUCCCGACAAACAAGGGAAUGCCUUGAGGAGGCCAGUUCAGCUGCUAGUGAUGAAAGAAGCAGUGGAACUCUAAGCUCCAUUUACCCCUCUGACAUUCUGCUCACCGCAGUGCAGGGCACUGUGCGAAAAGCCGGCAUGCUGGCUGUGAAGAACUUUCUGGUGCACAAAAAGAAUAAGAGGGUGGAGCCAGCAGCAAAAAGGAAGUGGAAGCAGUACUGGGUGUCACUCAAAGGAUGCACUCUGUUUUUUUAUGAAACGGAUGGACGUUCAGGAAUUGACCAUAACAGCAUUCACAAACAUGCAGUCUGGGUGGAGAACAGCAUUGUCCAGGCUGUACCUGAACACCCUAAGAAAGACUUUGUGUUUUGUUUGAGCAAUGCACUGGGAGAUGCCUUUCUCUUCCAGACAUCAGGUCAGACUGAGCUGGAAAACUGGAUAACUGCUAUCCACUCAGCCUGUGCGGCAGCCGUCGCCCGCCAGCACCACCGCGAGGACACGGUACGAUUGCUGCGCUCUGAAAUCAAGAAGCUUGAACAGAAGAUUGACAUGGAUGAGAAAAUGAAGAAGAUGGGCGAAAUGCAGCUUUCUGCAGUCACUGAUGGGAAGAAGAGGAAGACCAUCUUGGAUCAGAUAUUCCUCUGGGAGCAGAAUUUGGAGCAGUUUCACAUGGACUUGUUCCGGUAUCGCUGUUACCUGUCCAGCCUGCAGGGUGGUGAACUUCCAAAUCCAAAACGCCUGCUUGCUGUUGCUUCCCGUCCCACCAAACUGUCCAUGGGUCGUCUUGGCAUUUUUUCAGUGUCAUCCUUUCACGCUCUGGUGGCUGCGAGGACGGACGGGGGAAUACGUAGACGCACCCAAGCCUUGUCUCGCUCCUCCAGCAAGCGAAAGAGCCGUUUCUCCUCGCUGUGGGGCCUGGACACUACCUCAAAAAAGAAAACCAAAGGCAGACCCAGCAUCAACCAGGUGUUUGUAGAUGGUGAAGAGGCGGUUAAGAGGAAUCUUGAGCACAUGUUUGAGGACACUGGGAAGGAUACGCUGCACAAAGACAAAGAGGGUUCAGUGAAAAGCUUGCCUCAACACAAGACGGACAGUGAAGUUUGGGUUCCCGACUACCUCACGCCAUCCUGGGUCUCUUUACCCGACGAUCGGCCAGUGUUGGCUAUCAUACAACCGGGAGAGACGGCCAUGGAGGCCCUGGAGGCCCUGUGUAAGGUUCACAAACUGGAACUUUCCAAACACUACAUACGGCUGAAGUUUCUCAUCGAUAAUCAAGUGCAAUUGUACGUCCCCAAGCCAGAAGAGGACCUCUGUGACCUGCUCUACAAAGAAAUCGAAAUUUGUGCCAAGACAACCAAAGUCAUCCAGUUUGACAGAGAUGAGUCCUGUGCCAUAGGCUAUGGUUUCUCGGUGGCAGUGGUAGAGGAGGAUGGAGGCCAGCAGCUUCAUAUCACUGAUGUGAAAGCCGGAGGUCUGGCAUUUGCCAAAGGUCUGCGAGCGGGCGAUGAGAUUCUGAAGUUGAACAGUAAACCUGCGAGUGUGCUGGAGUUGGCAGACAUGCAGGCUGCGUUUGCUCUGCCCUCUCUCACCCUGACUGUCAGCACGCUGCCCGCUGCCGAUCCGCACCAGCUGUGCCAGCUUCCUCCCCGCAGAUCAGAUGGAGCGCAAGACCUCUGCACUGACAUCUUCUCCCAGAGUCAAGAGGACAUCCUGGAUGAAGGUCUUGGCCUUGUGCUGCACAGCCCUGAUGACACAGGCGACGACAGGGCUCAGAUUUUCAUUAAGGUGUCAGAUUGCAAGGGAAGCUCCAAACGCUCCUCAGAGUCCAUCUAUGACAUGCUGCAAUUGAGUACAGAACAGGUGACCGCCUUCUGCCGCAACCUUCAUGACAUGAAUUCCAACGAGGGUCCCGUCUCCUGUUCCUCAUCUUCCUCCACCUCUUCCUCAUCUUCAUCCUGCAUGCCCAGCCCAAUCUCUCCGCUGCCUGGUCUCUUCACCCCUCGCCAGCUCUCUGACGCAGAUAAACUCCGCAAGGUCAUCAGUGAACUGGUGGACACUGAGAGGACCUAUGUUAAGGACCUGAACAUUUUAAUAGAGCGCUACCUGAACCCCCUGCAGAAGGAGAGCUUCCUCACCCAGGAUGAGCUGGAUGUGCUGUUCGGAAACUUGGCGGAGAUGGUGGAAUUCCAAGUGGAGUUUUUGAAAACUCUAGAAGAUGGAACCAGAUUAGUUCCAGAUUUAGACAAACUGGAGAGAGUCGAUCAGUUCAAGAAAGUUCUGUUUUCUCUUGGCGGAUCUUUCCUCUACUAUGCAGACCGUUUUAAGAUCUACAGUGCAUUUUGUGCCAGUCACACAAAAGUCCCCAAGGUCCUUACCAAAGCUAAAACAGACCCAGAGUUCAAGGCGUUUCUGGCUGAGAGAAACCCCAGACAGCAGCAUUCCUCCACGCUGGAGUCCUACCUGAUCAAACCCAUUCAGAGAGUCCUAAAAUACCCACUGCUCCUGAGGGAGCUUUACUCGCUCACCGACCCCGACAGCGAGGAGCACUACCACCUGGAUGUGGCCAUGAAAGCCAUGAACAAAGUGGCCAGUCACAUAAACGAGAUGCAGAAGAUUCAUGAGGAAUACGGAGCCGUGUUUGACCAACUCAUCAGUGAACAGAGCUCAGAAAAGAAAGAGGUUGCUGAUCUGUCAAUGGGCGACCUCUUGCUGUAUGACACAGUGGUCUGGAUCAACCCACCGUCCUCUCUGAUAAAGGGGAAGAGAGACCCAGAGCUGGCUGCUUUUGUUUUCAGAACAGCGGUUGUUUUUGUGUGUAAAGACUUUUCCAAGCACAAGAAAAAAAUCGGUGGACCUCACAGAGUAUCAGUCCUUGAUGAGAGAGACCCGUUUCGUUUUAGACACAUGAUCUCUACAGAUGCCCUCCAAGUUCGCAACCUCCCUAAUUCAGAGGGGUCGGCAAUGUGUGAGAUCGUUCAUGUGAGGUCAGAAUUUGAAGGCAGACCUGAGAGGACUUUCCACAUCUGCUGCAGCUCUCCAGAGAGUAAAAAAGACUUCUUAAAGACUGUUCAUUCCAUCCUGAGGGACAAACAACGACGUCAGCUUAUGAAGACUGAAAGUUUACCUCCAAAUCAGCAGUAUAUUCCCUUUGGAGGGAAGCGGCUUUGUGCUCUAAAGGGUUCACGACCCACCAUGAACAGAGCGGCUUCAGCACCAUCUCGAACCCUCGGUCACAGGAAGCUGAUCCGUAAUCGUAUUACCAUAGACACAGGUGUCAUUUUUGAUGAUGACUCAUAUCAGGAUCUAUCACCAAUCACCCCUACAGAACCCCCAUUUCAUAAACCUCAGCAGCCCAUCCGGGACACCGACCGCUGGGUGGAGGAUCAGUUUGACCUUCAGAUCUACGAAAACCAGGACGACGUUAAAGAGACGGACAUCCUCAGUGAUGACGAUGAGUACUGCCAGUCUGUCCGAGCCCCGUCCUCUGACCCAAGCCUGGAGGAGUCCUUUGAGGCUCUUUCAGUGGAAGGAGAUGAAGACAAGGGUCUCAACGGGCUCUCCGAAGACAAAUCGAAGAAAUCCCACGCCCCCUUAAAACUGACCCUUCUGAGAAAGCAAUGCGCAGUGGAGGGAGUUUCUUCUGAGAGGGACUGUGAGGUUAUUUGGGUUCGAAGAGACGAUUUUAAAAACAGCUGCAACAGCGACAUCUUCUGAGCGGAGAGGGAACAUGCAAGCUGUGACGCUUUUAUUUUCAGACUUGUGCCAGAAUAAGGCAGACACUGACUGAGUCCGAGCUUUCACGGACAUGAUGCACUGACAAUCCUACUGAAAGAAAGCCAGAACUGAAGAGCUUCUUGAUGUUUCAAGCCACUUGAAAUAUCAAUACAAGAUCGAGUUGAGGAACAUUCGAAGAUGCCAACUGUACAGCUCAUGUAUUUAUAGUGGCUUCAUACUGACAGACAUCAGGCAGCUACGUGUUCUUUUAGCUGAUGUUUUUGGUUGGAACACAAAAUGGUGGUCAGUUUGUUUGGUCAUGCUUCAUAUCUUCCUUUUUAUUCAGGGAUUUGUGACUUAAUGCCUCGUAUAUUGUUCUUCGUAAUGGCUACACCCCUGAGGGCACCCACGCCAAAGUUGCAAAUCCAUUUGAUGUCAAUCCACUACCUUGAUGUCAGAUUGACAUCUAAAAUUGGUGUCAAAAAUACAUCCAGUAUUACAGUCCUGUAAUCGAUUUUUGAUGUGCUUUUCUGACACUUAAACAUUGUCAUUUAAACAUCAAGGUAGUUUACAUGCAUUGUAGGGAAACAGAUUCAUACAUUUAUAGUUGAAGCCUUCAGAUAAAUAAAAUAUUUCUUCUAGUAUCAUUUUUCUUGUGUCGUUAUUUUAGUGGUCAAAAGUACAUCAGUGUAUGGACGUCAAGGUCUGGACAUCAAAUUGAUUUGCACUUUGACGUGUUUUUUGGAUGUUGUUUUGACAUCAAGGUGCCCGCCAGGAAGCAGGUGAUUUUCGUGGAGCACGUCAACAUUCCCUUGAAUUUCCACGACUAGUUUUGGCCAGCUGUUUAAUGCUGUUCCUUUUACAAAUCCAAUCGUUCCUUGCUUGCUGUCUGCGUUCCCUUUUCUUCAUAGGUCACCAGCAACCCAGUAUUAAAUAUCACUGUUUAUUGAACACACAGAGAAAUAUUAUUCUACUUGAAUUGUGAGGAAAGAACUGCAAUAAUGUAACUCGUUAUUUCAGAUAGGAAAUCAAACUACCCGUGAUCCUCUGUCUAUGGGCUUUGGUGUGCUUAGGCGCAUAAAUGAAGCAUUAUAACUCAAAGCCCCCCUGCAAAGUGAUAAAUGUAGCAGAUUUGUCUGGCUAAGAAUGAGAUUUUGAUUUUUAUGGUAUUUUGUACACUGGUAAGGAUAAAGCUGGACAUGUUACUCACUCCAAGUGUAUUUUAAACACCAGAAACACCCAUCCAUGUGAAAUACAAUCACUGCACUCAGCCAUGGUUUCCUUUUAGUGAAAUUGACUGUAUUUAAAAACAGUGUAAAAAUGCCAUACUUUUAUCCUCUGCCUUUUUGAGACUGUGUAUGUUCAUACUGUGGAAAUACUUAUUAACCUAAAAUAAAUCUUCCUAAUUUAUAUUUGCAGUUUUAUCCAAAUAA